AUGUACCAUCCUCUGAAAACUCUCUCCGAACAGGAGAUAAACAUUGCCAAGGAUGUCAUUUCAGCUUCACAUCCGAACGUAGUCAUUUUCUUUCGGGAGAUAUAUCUAGAAGAACCUGCUAAAGCAGAGCUUAUUCCUUAUCUCGAGCUCGAACAUAAUGGCAAACUGAGCCCAACAACCCCUCGCCUACAAAGACUGGCAACAUGCCAAUAUGAUGUUAUGGGCUCUGAUCGAGUUCCUGAAUUUCAUGAAGCAGUUGUGGAUGUGGAGAAGAAGCAACGAAUUAAACAUAUCGUUGUCGGAAAAGAGCAUCACGCUACAUUGACUAUGGAGGAGUUUGAAAUAUUUAUAAAUACAUGUCAAGCAUCUUCAAAAUACAAAGAAGCUGUUGCCGAAUUCAAUCUCCCUGAAGGAUUCGAUAUCGUCAUUGAGCCGUGGCCAUAUGGCGGCCGUGACCGUACCACCGACGAUAGCCGCUACAUCCAAGGCUUAAUCUUUGCGCAAGAUACGAGAUCUGGUAAUCCAGACUCGAAUUUCUACGGCUAUCCUCUGCCCAUCAUCCCCGUAAUGGAUUACCACAAACGCGAGAUUGUCCGAAUUGACCGUCUUGCAACAGGUGGCAAGGGAGAUGGUUUGACGCAGGAAAGCUGGCGUGGGAAUAUCGUCGAUCAUUGCUCUCAGUCUGAAUAUAUACCAGAAUUACUCCCGAAUGGCACAAGGAAAGACCUCAAAGCACUGAACGUGCUGCAGCCAGAUGGGCCUUCGUUCAAGGUGACAGAUGAGUCGCUCAUUGAGUGGCAGAAGUGGAGGUUCCGUGUUGGGUUCAAUCCACGCGAGGGUGCUACUAUCCAUGACGUCUGUUAUGAUGGAAGAAGUGUCUUUUACCGGCUUAGCAUUAGCGAGAUGACUGUUCCUUAUGCGGACGCUCGAUAUCCCUUCCAUCGCAAGCAAGCCUUUGACUUUGGUGAUGGUGGCGCUGGAAACUUCGCAAAUAACUUGUCACUUGGCUGCGAUUGUUUGGGUGUUAUAAAGUACUUUGACGGCGUUGCCACUGACAGUGAGGGCAAACCAAAGGUUGUCCCUAAUGUGGUUUGUCUUCAUGAGCAGGACAACGGCAUUGGCUGGAAACACACCAAUUGGCGAACGGGACGUGCCGUAGUUACUAGGUCGCGCGAAUUGGUUGUGCAAUUCAUAAUCACCUUGGCCAAUUAUGAAUACAUCUUUGCGUAUAAAUUCGACCAAGCGGGUGGUAUCAGUGUCGAGUCACGGGCGACCGGCAUUGUCAGCGUCGUCAACAUCGAUCCAGGCAAACAAUCCGACUACGGCAACGUUGUUGGAAAUGGUGUUUUGGCACAAAACCACCAACAUAUCUUCUGUAUCCGUAUUGACCCUGCUGUCGACGGUCACAAGAACACUGUCUAUGUUGAAGAAUCGCAUGCGGUGCCCAUGAACGAGACCACCAACCCGGAGGGCAAUUUCUAUCAAAUCCGCAAAACACCAGUUGAACAAUCCAGCUGGUUUGACGCUGCACCUGAACAUAAUAGAAUUAUCAAAAUGGUCAAUACAAAUAAAACUAACCCUAUCAGCGGAAACCCGGUUGGGUACAAAUUCACGCCCAUGGCCACGCAGUUGCUUCUCGCCGACAAGCAAUCCAUUCAAGCCCACCGAGCGCAGUUCGCACAGCACCAUGUUUGGGUCACGAAGUACCGUGAUGGUGAGCUCUACGCUGGUGGAAGAUACACAUUACAGAGCCAGCACGAGAUUGGAGGGGUUUCAGACGCAGUGAAACGAGGCGAGGCGGUCAAGGAUGAUGAUGUUGUCGUCUGGAGUGUCUUUGGCAUCACUCAUAACCCUCGGGUUGAAGAUUGGCCUGUGAUGCCAGUGGAGUCAUUCCAACUUAAUAUCCGACCAUCAGACUUUUUCACAGAGAACCCUGCUCUUGAUGUACCGUCUAACAAAAAUCUGUCUUCACAACUGGUAGUAGCUUCAGAUUGCUGCUCAAAACCUACUCAGUAA